AUGGACGAAGAUAUGGAACCAUCAGAGGAUGUUGACCAAUGUGGUACCAGUAACGAUGAUGAGAAUGAAUUGCAGUACCAUGAAAGAGCACAACAAUUAUGCGAAAAGAUUGAUAAGCUGACAAUGGCAGUGAGCGAAGGUUGUGAAAAAGAUGAUAAUCUUCAUUCUCAGAGAUACUUGCAGCAAACCAAUAACUUAGAAGAAAAUCUUGUCAAGACGCAGUCUUGUCGUUAUAUGAUGACAGAUGCAAAAUUAACGAAAUCCUUGUCGAAACUUAUUGCCACAGAAGUGCAAAGUUUUCAUGAUGACUCAGCCAAGAGAACAAUUAAUUUGCAUUCUUUUGUUCAAACAUUGACAAAUUUUUUAAAAAAUGAAUGUGGUUUAAUCGAAGAAGAUGGGAAAACAACGCUUGAUAAUCAGCAGUCAAGCUGGGCAGCAUUCGGCAGUCAUUUUAUGAAUAUCCUCAACCUUCCACCUGCUUUAUCAUGCCUCGGACCGUUAUUGCUGGAGGAAAUUCCGAAAGGAAUGAAUGAUGAAUUUAACAAAGUUGAAAAAAAUUCAAAAAAGAAGGUCGAAAGGGCAAAAUUAAAGCUGGAUGAAAAAAUAGUGCAGUUACGAGAAGUUAAAGAAGAGGAAUUGCAACGACGAAAGGAUCCGCUUGCUAGACAACUUGACAAUGUCAUGCAUUGUUUGAAAAGUUGUUUAAAGCAGCGUAAUAUGAUAUCAAUUAAUUAUUUCGAAUUUUGCUUCCAUCCAAUGGAUUUCUCGCGUUCUGUGGCAAAUGCUUUCUAUACAUCAUUUUUAUUGAAAGAAAAUAAAGUUGGAUUGCAUAUUGGCGAUGAUAAUAUGCCACGUUUGAGUUUAAUUGGUAAUGCUGAACGUAAAGCUCUUGAGAAAAGUAGUGAUCAGGACAAUCGUGGUAUUAUAAGCUUUAGCUAUAGUGAUUGGCAAGAAACAGUCAAAUUGUUGGAUAUCAGGGAGCCUGUUAUAAUUGAUCAUUAA